AUGAGUUUUUGGCCAGCAAAAGUGAAUGAAGAUGCUUCUGGUGACAUAAGUGCACUGCAGUGGCAAAUCCAACAGCUGAAGGGUCAACUAUCCUUUCUGACAAAGAAUAAAGUUUUUCCACCACUGGUAUCAAAUUUGGAGCCAAAUUCUGAUAGUUGCAGGUUGAGUGAAGCAUCAGAAAGAUUCUACAGUGUUUUCAAGGUUAAUAUUGAAAGCCAAUGGGAGAAAGAUUCUAUAACUCACAUUAGGUUUGCAAGGUUAAAUUUGGUAGAUCUGGCUGGCUCUGAAAGGCAGAAAAGCUCUAGAGCCGACAGUGAACGUCUGAAAGAAGCUGCAAAUAUAAAUAAAUCAUUGUCAACUCUUGGCUUGGUCAUAAUGACAUUGGUCGACUUAGCCCAUGGCAAGCCUAGACAUGUUCCCUACAGAGAUUCAAGGCUUACAUUUCUUCUCCAGGAUUCUCUAGGUGGGAACUCAAAAACAAUGAUCAUUGCAAAUGUCAGCCCAUCCAUUUGCUCUGCUAACGAAACACUAAGCACUCUGAAAUUUGCCCAGCGAGCCAAGCUCAUUCAAAACAAUGCAAAAGUGAAUGAAGAUGCUUCUGGUGACAUAAGUGCACUGCAGUGGCAAAUCCAACAGCUGAAGGGUCAACUAUCCUUUCUGACAAAGAAUAAAGUUUUUCCACCACUGGUAUCAAAUUUGGAGCCAAAUUCUGAUAGUUGCAGGUUGAGUGAAGCAUCAGAAGAACACGAUUCUAUGGGAGAAAGAACGACGACAGAUGGCAAGCUGCAUACUCCAAACAAAGAGAUUAAACGCAUGAAAGCUGCUUUGGUUGGAGCCUUGAGGAGAGAAAAAAUGGCCGAGACUACAAUCCAGAAUUUAAACAUUGAAAUUGAUCGCAUGAAAUGCUUGGCUCAACAAAAGGAAGAAGAUGCUCAACAUACUUCAAUUAUGUUGAAAAUAAUAAUAAUAAUAACAAUGAUGAUCCGGGCAUUCUUAUUCUGCAAUUGCAUGAAGGUUAUUCUUGAUAUUCUGGAGAAGCUUUUGAAGCCAGAUGUAAAUGCAUUACUUCAUGAAUUUAGUUUUCAGGAAUCUAAUCCUGGGCAUAGUGCACAGGUUUGGUCUAACAAUACAGCCCUUGGGUCUGAAUCUGGUGUCAAUGCUAUCUUUACUAAUGGAACGGUUACUUGUCCUAUUGACGAGGGCACAUUUUUGAGUGCUGGUCUGCAUCUUCUUGAAUCGAUAGAGCUUAAAAAGAGGACGAAGCAUAUUGUGGAAAUUAUUAAACAGUCAUUAAACACGUAG